GUUGGUGCAUUUCACUGUCCACCGUUCCAGAUAACCUAUAAAUGAGUGAGAAUGUGGCUUGAAAAAAUAAUGGAGCAGCCAACUACAGAAGAUGGUCACCCCGCUACCCAAGUUAAACGCAUGUAGUGUCUGUUGUGGAUACCUUCAAUCCCCGUAUAAAGAAUGAAGAAAUGGUGGAAGAGACGAAGAGAAUUUUGGAUUACUCACAAAAGGGAGAGAUUGAUUAUGCUAGAAGAAUAUUUGAACUGAUGACUCACCGAGAUACUGUUUCUUGGAAUGUCAUGAUAAGAGGGUAUGUCGAAAACCAUAGGAUUUCGCACGCAAGAGACGUGUUUGACAGAAUGCCUGAGAGAAAUGCUGUUUCUUGGAAUACCAUGGUAAUGGGUUACGCGCAGGAGGGAAAGACAGAUAUAGCGUUGAAGCUGUUUGUGGUCAUGCCACAUAAAGAUGUUGUGGCUUGGACAGCUAUCAUUACUGGGUUAUCUCGAGCAUCGAAGAUUGAAGAUGCGUGGUGCUUGUUUAAGCAAAUUCCGGAGCCUAAUUCAGUUUCUUGGUCGUCUAUAAUUUCAGGUUUUCAACAUAAUGGGUUGGCCGCGGAAUCUUUGAAUCUCUUUAAAGAAAUGUUAUCAGCAGGAGUUGAACCGACUUCACAUUCAUUUACCAGUGCUUUGGCGGCUUCUGCAGAUUUAGCCAUGUUUUCAGUGAGCCAACAGCUUUAUUCUCAGCUGCUUAAGAGAGGAUUUGAGUGCAACACUCCUAUUGGAAACUCAACCAUUUCAACUUUCAUAAAAUCUGGAAGCUUCUAUUGUGCAAAGCGUGUUUUUGUGAGCUUGCAUGUACGUGAUACUGUCACUUGGAAUUCUAUGAUCAUGGGUUAUGGACAGCAUGGUUAUGGUAGAGAGGCCAUCAUGGUUUUCCAUCAGAUGCAGAAAGCUCGGUUUCUGCCUGACAGUAUCAGUUUUAUGGGAGUUUUACUUGGUUGCAGCCGACAUGGGUUUGUAGAAGAAGGGAAGAGGUAUUUUUACAGUAUGGAGAAGGAUUACGGGAUUCCCCCCGGACCUGAGCACUAUGCCUGCUUGGUCGACCUCCUUGCGCGUUCUGGAUCACUUAAAGAAGCAACUGACGUUAUAUUGGAAAUGCCAUUUGAACCUACACCCAUAUUUUGGAGGACAUUGCUGAAUGGAUGUAAGAUUUGGGGUGAUCUAGAAUUGGGUGUUUAUGCUGCUAGCCAAAAUUUGAAACUUGAACCUUACAAUUCAAGUGCACACUUAAUUGUUAGUGAUAUUUAUGCAGCAGAUGGGAGAGGCAAGGAAGUUCGUGAGAUUAGGAAACAGAUGAGAGAACAAGAAGCAAAGGAGUUGGGCUGUAGUUGGGUUGAGAUAAAGGGAAGGAUACAUUUAUUUGCUAGUAGAGAUGAAACUCAUCCAGAAUCUGACUGCAUUUACCCAACCUUAAAGUUGUUAUUUAAUGAUAUGUCAGAGUGUGCUAUAGUUUAAGUUCAAGGAGACUAAGAUGAGGGCUCUGGAGCAUGUGCUUAGGGAAAUGAAAACUCCAGUAAUUUACCUGAACAUAAGCAGGCUCACAGAUUACAGAAAAGAUGGGCAUCCUUGGGGGGUACAAGUUCCUGCAUUGGAAGAUAUGUUAAUGGAAAUCCAAGCAGACCUCCUUUUGGAACUCUUAAAUAUGGGUUUGCUGCUAUCAUGAUGUUUGUGACUACAAAUUAUAUCUGGGAUGAAGGUUAUCAAGUAGACUGCUUUAGAAUAGAAAAGCAGCAAGAAGCAGGAGUAACCAAAAUUAAUACUUUGAAUAAGAUCCGGCCCAAUUUCAGCUGUUUAGAUGCACGUCUUACCAUUUGUUUGGAUAUCGGAAUAUGUGUAUUCUUUAAGCCUUAUGCCAUGAAAACAAAAUCAAAGCCACUCAUUCUUGAACAAUGGGUGGAAGAAAAGGCAGAAAAGUAUAAAUUGUGACUUAUACCAGCAAUCAAACAUUAAAUGAGAACUAUGCCUGCCAUGAUCACUGAGAUUCAAAGUCCAAUCUAGUGCUGACAACCAUCACUUGAAAGAGCUUUUGUAGCUAUAACCUUACCCUCUUUGUCCCUUUUCUUUCAUUUGUUUUUUACUUAUUCUAUUGUACCAGUUUUUGGUUAUCUAUCCAAAGAAUUGCAAAUUAUAGUAUGAAGAAAAAGGUUCAAAAAGUAAUGUGCUCAAAAUAGUAGACAUGAUUCUUAUUUGAAAUUUUGUACUAUAGGUAAUUGUAUGAGAAUGUAUUUUACAUGCAUAAA